GUUUAAUUCAAGUUUAAGGAAAAGUAGUAAUACUAAUAUUACCACGACGAAGUCAAUUAAGGGAAAUAAAUAACAAAUAAGUAAAUAAUAAGCCUCCAAAUCCAAGUCUUGAAGCAGAAUUUCAAACUUCUGAACCAAAUCCACCCUGCUGCUUCAUACUAAGGUCCAUUGGUCCGGCAGGCAUCAAGCAACCGUCGAUGGAAGCAAUCAGGAAGCUAAGAGAUCAGGUUGCUAAACAGCAGCAGGCUGUCUUCAAACAAUUUUCUGGUGGCAUAUAUGGGGGUUCGGAUAAUAUUGUGCCAGAUGAAACAGAACUCCAACAGCAUCAAAAACUUGAGAGACUCUACAUAUCAACUCGUGCUGCCAAGCAUUAUCAAAAGGAGAUUGUCCGUGGUGUGGAAGGUUAUAUUGUAACUGGUUCAAAGCAAGUUGAAAUAGGUACCAAGUUAUCAGAAGAUAGCAGGAAAUACGGUGCUGAAAAAACUUGCACCAGUGGCAACACAUUAUCGAGAGCUGCACUGAGUUUUGGAAGAGCUCGUGCCCAAAUUGAAAAAGAGUGUGGAAUUCUACUGAAAGCCCUUGGCACACAGGUUGCAGAGCCUUUAAGAGCAAUGGUAGUGGGAGCGCCCUUGGAGGAUGCUCGACAUCUUGCUCAACGAUAUGCUAGAAUGCGGCAAGAAGCUGAAGCUCAGGCUGUAGAUGUUUCCAGACGCCAAGCCAAAGUACGAGAAUCUGCUGGUAGUGCUGAUAUUAUCAUGAAACUAGAAGCUGCUGAAGCCAAGCUUGAGGAACUAAAGUCUAACGUUGCAAUAUUAGGAAAAGAAGCUGGUGCAGCAAUGGCUGCUGUUGAAGGUCAACAACAGAGAUUAACUCUUCAGCGGCUUCUUGCAAUGGUUGAAGCAGAGCGCAACUAUCAUCAAAACGUUCUUCAGAUACUUGAUCAACUUGAAGGCGAGAUGUUGUCAGAACACCAGCGAAUUGAAGCAUCACCUAAUCCAGCUACAGAGAACACUAUGCCUCCCCCACCAUCAUAUGAAGAUCUCAGCGAUAACUUUUCUUCUGAAACCUAUGAUGAAUUGACAGACAUCAGGGACUAUUUCUUAGGAGAGGUUAUGUAUACGUUUCAAGCUGUGACUGAUGUGGAGUUAAGUUUGUCUUUUGGGGAUUAUGUCGUCGUCCGGAAGGUGGCAAACAACGGUUGGGCUGAAGGUGAAUGUAAGGGAAAAGCAGGUUGGUUCCCGUUUGACUACGUAGAAAGGCGGGAGCGUGCUCUUGCUAGCAAGGUGGCUGCAGUCUUUUAAAUCUAUUGAUUGCCUGUUUAUUUGGCUUGGGUUGUGUCUGUGUUUCUGCACUAGAAUUACGUAAUUUGUCCAACUUUUUUCUAUUCAUUUUAGGAACCAACGUUAGCUGGUUCCGCCUUGUAUAUGACCCAAAGUUGUUUCUACUGCUUUAUAUCUGCCUCACCAAUAUAAAUAUUUCAGUUUUCUUCUGGA